AAGUAAUUCACGGAGUCGAUCUCGCAGUGCUUCUCGCAAUCACAGAUCACGUUCGCGAAGUGCUGCUUCGGCAAGCCGAUCACGCAGUCGGAGCCGUUCAGUUUCGGCGAAUAAAAGUUCACGCAAAUCACGAGAUGUCGCCUACAAUAGUAAGUCACGUGAGAAUGGUCGCAGCACGACAGAGAAUGGUAGCACAUACCAUCGAUAUAGUGAGGAUGAACGUAAUGGUGGCACCGGUGGUGCCUCACCAUCGCCAAAACGGCGUUACGAUGACUCCGUAUCACCGUCACCAAGACGUAACAUACCGACAAAACGUAAUCGACGAGGCGAUUCGACACCAUCACGAUCUAGCUCGCGCAGAGAUUAGCAGACAUCAGUUGUGGCAGUAACAGUAAAAACAAUUAAUAGGCAUUGAGCAGCAUACAAGCUCGGUCGCAGUGGAUGAAUAUAAAGUUUUACUCCUCUCCUUCAUUUCAAUCAAAUCGCUAUUCAAAUCCAAAUAGUUACAAAACGAAUUCCUAAAAUUCGAUUAUUAUGCAGUGUGUCGUUUUAAGUAGACGAAGAGUGUUUAAACUUUUUAUGAAUAACUUGUAAACUGAAAAGACUUCUGAGAUUACAUUAAAUGGAUAAAUUUAUUCAUUUAUUGUUUUGGAGACAUAAAUUAAUGUAUUUACCACAAAUGAACAACAAUAACAAAGUCUGAAAACAUCUAAAAACAGCGAAAAAACAAAAGAGUUCACACAACAUACAUACAUACAUACUACAUACGUUUGUAUUUUUUUAUUUUAAUAUUUUAUAAGCUACUCAAUUUAAGCAGUAGAUUUAUUGAAUAGGUUAAACUAAAUUUAAGCUCAUUUCAAUUGAAUGCACAUUAGAGCCGAAACGCUACCACUGUUUACUACAAACAUACGAACAUGUUAUGCGCCAAAUAUUUCAUAAUUGCAUUUUGUACAAAAAUUGAUUUGUCAUGAUUUCGCCUAAAAUCUUCAAUAAAAGCUGCACAAAUUGGUUGCUAAAAAGUGCAAGAGUACAAUUUACAAA